GGAGCACUGCGGUAUCAACAAACCCUACUGCACGCUAGUGAGCAGAGAGAUCUUAGGAAAAGCGGCGAGGAGCUCGGCUCAUUUGGGAAGCAAAGUCUUUGGGGUGAAGCUCUCUCAGGAAGUUGGUUGAGAUCAUUUCAAGAGUGUGGAAGGCUUCAUUGGGAAUACUCUGAUUUUCAAAAUAUAAAAUGGAUAUGCUGACAAUGUUUGGAGCUGAGCCAAGUGGGUUCUCUGUGUCUCUCAGUCUGUUCCUGCUCUUCUUGAUUCUUUUGGGCUGGUACUCCAUCUCCCCCUAUUCGGUCUUGCAGCGAUGUGGCAUCCGACACCCCAAACCAGCUCCGUUCAUGGGAAACCUGUUGCUCUUUCGACAUGGUUUUUUCAAAGCUCAGAGGGACCUGGUCAAACAGUACGGCCGAAUAUGUGGUUAUUAUCUAGCCAGACAGCCAGUGGUGGUGAUAGCUGACCCAGACAUGCUCAGACAGGUUAUGGUGAAGGAGUUUCAUAACUUCCCAAACAGGAUGCGCUUAAGGAUGGCUACAAAGCCGAUGACGGAUAGUCUUCUCAUGCUGAGGGAUGAACAGUGGAAACGAGUGCGCAGCAUCCUCACGCCAUCCUUCAGCACAGCCAAGAUGAAACAGAUGGUCCCUCUUAUUCAUGAAGCUACAGAAACGUUACUGAACAACCUGAAGGUUUAUGCAGAGUCUGGAGAGAGCUUUGACAUCUACAGGUGUUUUGGUUGCUUCACUAUGGAUGUGAUCGCAAGUGUGGCGUUUGGAAUGCACGUGGACUCUCAGAACAACCCCAGCAACCCAUUUGUGCACUACGCCUCCAAGUUCUUUGCUUUCUCUUUUUUCAGACCCAUCAUGUUCAUCUUGAUGAUGUUCCCGUUCCUGAUUGGUCCGUUUGGUGCCUUGAUGCGAGAUAAAGGCAGAAAUGAGAUGAACAGGUUCUUCACCACUUGCAUCCAGAAACUUAUAAAGCAGAGGGAUGAGUUGCCACCCAGUCAGAGGCGGAGGGACUUCCUGCAGCUGAUGCUGGAUGUGAGGAGCAGUAAGGAGUGUGUGUCCCUGGAUCACUUUGAUGUAGUCAGUCAAGCAGAUGAGGAAGUCGUGGCUGACGAAAAGACAGAAAGCAUCCACGAGUCAGGAAAACGCAGCCAGCAGAAAAGGAUGAUGAUGGAGGAUGAGAUUAUAGGCCAGGCCUAUAUCUUCCUGCUUGCUGGCUAUGAGACAAGCAGUAACACACUUGCAUUUGUCUGCUACUUGCUGGCCAUCCACCCGGACUGUCAGAAGAAAAUACAGAGGGAGUUGGACGACUUCUUCAGCAGACACGACUCAGUAGAUUACACUAAUGUUCAGGAGCUGAGAUAUUUAGACAUGGUGGUGUGUGAGGCCUUGAGGAUGUAUCCACCUGCGUUUAGAUUUAUGCGCAUAGUUGAGCGUGACUGUGUGGUGAAUAAUCAGUCACUGCCUAAAGGAGCUACACUGGAGAUCGCAGCAGGCUCCCUGCAUUAUGACCCAGAGCAUUGGCACGAGCCAGAGAAAUUCAUACCUGAAAGGUUUACCCCUGAAGCCAAGGCCAGUCGACACCCUUUCGUGUACCUACCGUUCGGAGCAGGGCCUCGCAGCUGUGUGGGUAUGAGACUGGCUCAGCUGGAGAUUAGGAUGGCGCUGGUCAACAUCUUUAAAACAUUUAGUGUGGAGGCAUGUGAAGACACCGAGGUUCCUCUUGCAUUAAAGUCACAUACCACCCUCGGACCCAAGAAUGGAGUUUUUGUCAAAAUAACCAAGAGAGAGAAUUUUGGUGAAGCAUAAAAAUAGACAGUGAUUUUUGUGAGCCUGAUUUUAAAAUAAAAACUUCUAUCAUGCUGUGAUUAGUACAUCAAUAACAAAAGAUAUUACUGAUGAACAUUCAGCCUAAUUCUAUCAACUCAUGUUUCGAAUCUCUUUUACAUGUGAUUUCUUGUGAAUCAGAAAUUGCUUUCCUCAGUGUAAAUCUACACAGAAGGAGAAAAUGUUCUCAUAUUGGGAUCAAUACCAAAGAAUAGCAGGAGAAACAAAAGGUGGGACUCAUCAGACUAGUGUUUAAUGUGAAAUUCACUUCAGAAGAUAGUAGAUUGCACUGACAUGCAACUUGUGUUUUAAAACAAUACUAAUUCAUAGCCAUGUUUUCUAUUAUUAUAUCAAUCACCAGAAGGCGGUGUUGUAUUACAAGCUCUCCCCAUGCGUGGAGUGUAGUUGUUCCAGCAGUUGCCAAUAGUGACAGUUUCUAACAGAAACUUAGUGUAUCCAGGAACACAAACUCAUUUUGCAUUUUGGUUCUGUAAUUUUUCAUUUUGUCAAUACAGCAACUUUGCCUUAAAUACCAAUUACA